CCGGGAAGGGUGGGAGGAGACCGGCGGAGUAGAGACGGGUAGAAGAUAGCUGUGCUACGGUGGGGAAUAUGUUGGGUAGUCGUAGGCGAUUGGGUUGGGUAGUCUUUUUAAUUACACAGCGGACUGCCGCAAUUGUGGGCAGCGGCCCGAGGUUUUCCGUGCGGAACAACCAACACAGCUUCCCUCGGCAGUCGGAAUCGGCAGCCAGCAAGGAUUCUCUUUGCAAUUCAGGAUAUCUAAACACAGGAAGAGCAAGUGUUUGCAACUUUUGUACUGCUGAGGAUCAUGCUGUCUCCUAUGAGGAGCUCAAGGACUUGCUGGAAUCUAGGGCCAUUUUGCUAAUUGAUGUUAGAGAGAAAUGGGAAGUUAAGGACUAUGGAAAAAUCCCAGGGUCAAUCAGCAUUCCAUUGGGUGAAGUUGUGGAAGCUUUACAGAUGGACCCUGUACAUUUUAAAGAGAGAUACAAUCAAGAUAUGCCUUCUAAAUCAGACCAUAUAGUCUUUUCCUGUAUGGCAGGAGUGAGAAGCAAGGAAGCUCUAGCUGCUGCAAAGAAUCUGGGUUUCAGCCAAGCUCAGGAGUAUGCUGGGGGCUUCGAAGAAUGGGCAGUGUAUGAAUCCACAGAGAAAAUAUGACUUUUGGAAUAAAACCUUUCAGCAUCCUGAAACUGCACAAGGCUGAGUCUGAUCCUAGACAUCUAUGUGAAGCUAUAACCAUAGCUUUUGUCCAAGCAGGAAGAAAUAAUCCAAGAACAGCCCAACUUCUACGUUAUCUGCACAACCCAAUAAUCACAACAAACCACAGUUAAAUCAAGGAGGCAAUCUACUUCCAUUUUUAGUGGAGUGGGAUUCUAUUCUUUGUUUUUAUACACUUGUGUAAUAUCUUGACGUACACAGUCCAUAUUAAGUUUUGGAAUAAAAAUUAGACAAAGUU